UAAAAAGUGCGUCCAAACUUUCUCCUCAUUAGUCACACAUUGACGGCCAUAAUACCAUGAAACCGCGGCCUACACUCCUGGUCGUAUCGACGCGAUUCGCAUGCGCGGGAAAAGCGCCUGUCUUACAUUCAUUCGCGUCGCAGUACUUCUUGAGCCAUCAUGAGUACCGCACAAUCCGGCACGCCUCCUCGUCGACAGCAGCGACAGCAGCGAAGAAAAAGAAGAAAACCACGAACGCAGCACCGAUAGCGACCGCGAAACCGCCCGCAGCGAAGAAAAAGCAGCAAAGCGCUGCCGCCGCCCGCCCCGUGAAACCAACGAAAGCGCCGACAGGAUCUCCGCCGACAGCCAAAGUUCCCACCCGCACAAGUGAAUCCGUCCGGAGACCUGUCUACCACCAUGCAGCGGCAGCGGCCGACCAUUCGAGCCCUCUUCCUCCACCACCCCACCAAAACCCGAAACUGAAUCCACCGCCAGAAACAUAUCCAGCACCAAUCGACGUACCCGCCCGCGGCCCCAACCAAGGAUUCGUCAACUACAUCUUCAACGCGGGAAAAGCGUACCUAGCCUUCUACAAAACAGGCAUGAAGAACUUGUGGGCGAUGCGGCAACUCUCCAAAACGCUGCGCGAGCGCCAGCGCAACGCGAUGAACGGCGUGCAAGCCGGGGAAACCGUCCCGACGGCCGAUGGAGAUGUAUCGGAUAUUGUGCUGACGCGGGCCGAGUGGCAGACGGUGCGGCGGAGCCGCGUGGAUAUGAUGAGGGCGUGCGUGUUCGUGCCCAUUUUCGUCGUGUUUGGCGAGUGGACGCCGUUCCUGGUGCCGUUUCUGAUGCCGAUUGUGCCGGAGACGUGUCGGUUGCCCGGGCAGGUGGGCAAGAUGUUUACGAAGGGGGAGGCGAGGAGGAUGGAGAGGCAGAGGGUCGCGGCGAGGGAUAGGGGGGUGGGGAGGCUGUUUGCUAAUGGUGAGGUGGAGGCGCAGUUGCUGCUGGCUGGUGGAGGGGGGUUGGAGCCUGGGGUGGUAGAGGGGAUGGACAAGGGGACGUUGUUGGGGUUGGCGGCGAGGUUGGAUGCGUAUUCGGGUGUGUGGGAUUACUUUAUGAGGCCCCCCUUGUUUUGGGUCAGGAGGGCGUUGAGGAAGAGGUUGGAGUAUUUGAGGACGGAUGAUGGGUUGAUUGCGAGGGAUGGCGGGUGGAGGGAGUUGGGGAGGGAGGAGCUGAAGAGGGCGUGUUGGGAGAGGGGGAUGUAUGUGGUGGACAAGACGGAGCAGGAUAUGGCGCUGUGGAUGCGGCAGUGGUUUGGUGGUAAGAGUGGGGAGGUGAAGGAGAGGAGGUUUGAGGAGAAGGAGGCCAGGCGGUGAGUGUGGAAUUGAUUGUAUGAAUAGGUUUCAGCAUAGAUGUGUACAGAUAUCCCAAGAUCUAGAUGAGCUAGACAUAUGAAUAUGCAAGACGGUACA